AGAGCCACAGACGUCUCAUUAACAAGAAGUACGGAGACCAGAGCGUCCAACGAUCCAAAGUGAAGCCCUGACUCCAGGCCCUGUGACCUCUUCACAUCGUUACACGUUUUAAAGGCUUCUGUUUGUGUUUCACUCCCUCGGAGGGUCUCUGCUGUUUUAUCUCAAGAGUUUUCUGGAAAAGUUGUCAUCAUGUCGACGGCUGUGGAAGCGACCGGUUUCAUCAUGUGCAUUUUCAGCUGGCUGGUCGUCGGAGCCUCGCUGGCCAACGACUCCUGGAAGAUAUCCUCCGUCUCCGGCUCCGUCAUCAUCUCGCAGAGGCAGUUUGAAAACUUGUGGCACUCCUGUGCUGAAAACAGCGCCGGUAUCGCAGAGUGUCGGGACUUUGAGUCGCUGCUCGGCCUCCCCAUUUACGUGCAGGCGUGUCGCGCCCUUAUGAUCAUCUCUCUGCUGCUGGGCCUCUGCUCCAUGAUCGUGGCUCUGCUCGGAGUCAAGUGCAUCAAGAUCGGCUCAGCCACCGACCAGUCGAAGGCCAAGAUCGCCUUCACCGGAGGAAUCCUCGCCGCCCUCGCCGGUCUGUGCUGUAUGAUAGCUUGUUCCUGGUACGCCUACAGAGUCGUUCAGGACUUCAACGACCCCUUCUACGGUGGCGUGAGGUUCGAGCUGGGUACUGGUCUGUUCCUGGGAUGGGGAGGAGCCUCUCUGUUCAUACUGGGCGGAGCUUUUCUCUGCACCGCCUGCAGCCGAGCAUCAGCUGGAGACAAGAAAAGAGGUUACUAUGGAAAACCACCACAGAAGGUUUACACCGUAACAGCAAAGUCAGAUCCAGAUACAGCCAGAGCCUACGUCUAAUGACACACACACACACACGCACACACACACACACACAGACUGUACUACCUGUGCUCUUAUAUUGAAGGUUCCAACCUGUAACCGUCCUGAUUAUUUUAAACUGUUAUAACAAAGAUUUCUCAUUGUUCAGGUUGUUUGAAACUACACAAACACACACUUCUUCACAAAGUGCCCUCUGCUGUGCGUCCGGCAGCAUUUUGACCGAUGUCUUAGGAACUAGAAAGUUUUUUUAAAGAGUUUUGUGGUGAAAUUAAGAAACGUUGGGAAGAGAUGAUUGUUGCUGAGACGUUCUAACGUUUGUUUAAUUCUGUUUGGAAUGAAUCUCAUUCUCUGAAUAAAG